CCCCCGCGCACCGGCGGCCAGGCGGGGGGACGGGACCGGGGGACGGGACCCCGACUGCCGAGCGGACCGAUGCGGUGGGACGAGCCCGGCGGGGACGAUCCCCGAAAGGCUCCUGGUCCCCGCCGGGAGGGCAGGGGUGGGAGCUUGGACAUCACCCCACAAGGAAGGGAUCCCAUUGCCCCACGAUGCAUCGCUUCAAAGGAAGGGGGUCUCAUCACCUCAGACCCCAAACUAUCACCCCGCUGGAAGUGUUCCUCACCCAAUCUGAGCGUUGUGCCACAAGGAAGGGCUCCCACUGCCCCAGGAAACAACACCAGGCAGGGUGACGUCUCCGUAGUGAUCCGGGACACGCUGAAUCUGAGGGGAAUCUGAGCAUGAGUUCCAGGACCGGCCGGGAGUGCGGGGUAUGGAGGAAGAGAAGCAGCAGAGGAAGAGGAGGGUGGAGGGGAGCAGCAACCGGCGGCGGCCCCCCCGGGGCUGAGCCAUGAGAGUUCACCGAGACCUCAGCUGGCUGGCAGAGGCCACCGGACGCCCAGGGCGGCGGGCGAGGAGCGGGAUGCUGGACGCCAUGGAGGUGCCGAGCCACUCGCGGCAGCUGCUGCUGCAGCUGAACACGCAGCGCACCAAGGGCUUCCUGUGCGACGUGAUCAUCGUGGUGCAGAACGCGCUUUUCCGAGCGCACAAGAACAUCCUGGCCGCCAGCAGCGCCUACCUCAAGUCGCUGGUGGUCCAUGACAACCUGCUCAACCUGGACCAUGAGAUGGUGAGCCCCGGCAUCUUCCGCCUCAUCCUCGACUUCAUCUACACCGGCCGCCUGGCCGAGUGCGAGCCGGGCAGCGAGCAGAGCCUGGGUGCUGUGCUGGCUGCCGCCAGCUACCUCCAGAUCCCCGGCUUGGUGGCCCUUUGCAAGAAGAAGCUGAAGCGCAGCGGCAAGUACUGCCACCUGCGCGGGGGCUACGCGCCCUACAAGCUGGGCCGCGGGCUGCGGGCCGCCACGCCGGUCAUCCAGGCUUGCUACUCGGGGACGCCGCGGCCCGUGGACCUGCCGCCCGUGGAGCCGGCGGCGCCGCUCAACACGCAGUGCGGGGAGCUGUACGCCUCGGCCGCCCAGGGCGCCCCGCUGCACCCCCACGGGCUCUGCCCGCCCGAGCGCCACUGCUCGCCACCCUGCGGCCUCGACCUCUCCAAGAAGAGCCCCACCGGCCCCUCUGCCCAGCUCCUGCCCACCGACCGCCUGCUGCCCAGCGAGCCCCGCGAGCCCUCGCUGCCUCCACGGCACGACAGCCCCCCCGUCAGCGCCGGCCUCCUGGGCAGCCACGCUGCUGCCUACAAGGACUCCCCACCGGGCGGAGAGCCGGGGGGGCACCCCCACGCCCCCGACCCCUUCCGCAGCACGCCGCCCUGCGCCGAGCCCCCGCUGCCCCGCGCUGACGGGCGAGAGCUGAUGUACCGCUGGAUGAAGCACGAGCCCCUGGGCCCCUACCUGGACGAGGGGGAGGCGGAGAAGGAGCUGGAGCGGGAGGAGAAGGCCGAAUCGCCGCCUGCGGCGCCGCAGCCGCGCUACCCCAGCGUGGAGAGCAACGACCUGGAGCCCGACAACAGCACGAGCGAGGAGACGGGCAGCAGCGAGGGCCCCUCGCCCGGCGACGCGCUGGACCGCUACUGCAACCACCUGGGCUACGAGCCGGAGAGCCUGGGCGACAACCUGUACGUCUGCAUCCCCUGCGGCAAGGGCUUCCCCAGCUCCGAGCAGCUCAACGCCCACGUGGAGGCCCACAACGAAGAGGAGCUCUAUCACAAGGCGGCGGCCGAGCAGGCCGUGCCCUUCCUGGACAAAGGCGGCCCAGGGCUGGGUGACAUCUUGCGGCCUUACCGCUGCUCGUCCUGCGACAAGUCCUACAAGGACCCGGCCACGCUGCGGCAGCACGAGAAGACGCACUGGCUGACGCGGCCCUACCCCUGCACCAUCUGCGGCAAGAAGUUCACGCAGCGCGGCACCAUGACCCGCCACAUGCGCAGCCACCUCGGCCUGAAGCCCUUCGCCUGCGACGCCUGCGGGAUGCGCUUCACCCGGCAGUACCGCCUGACCGAGCACAUGCGCAUCCACUCGGGCGAGAAGCCCUACGAGUGCCAGGUGUGCGGCGGGAAGUUCGCGCAGCAGCGCAACCUCAUCAGCCACAUGAAGAUGCACGCGGCCGGCCCCGACGGCAAGGCCAAGCUGGACUUCCCCGACAGCGUCUACGCCAUGGCCCGCCUCACCGCCGACCAGCUGGGGCUCAAGCAGGAGAAGGCGGCCGAGCUGCUCUCCCACACCUCGCACUUCCUCAGCGACCCCAAGGCCAUGGAGAGCCUCUACCCCCUGGCCAAAUUCACGGCUGAGCACCUGGGGCUGAGCCAGGACAAGGCGGCCGAGGUGCUGGCGCAGGCUCCACACCUCCACACCGAGGCUGCCCGGACCAUAGAGCGAUACUCGCCCCCCUAGCACCGGCCUGGCCGGGGGGCUGGGGGCGCCGCUGGCUCCCCUCGCUGCCCCGUGUGGAGCUGGGGCGAGAGGUGGUGGGUGCUCGUCCCCUGGCGCUGCCGACGGUCCCGGAGAACUCGCUCGUAGCGAAGGUGC